AUGUCGACUACCGCGCCCUCGUCCUCCCCGCAUCCCGGGCAGCGGGACGACCAGCCUGCCCCUGAGGUGCCCCAAACCUCCACUUCCCCAACCGGAGCCCCCGAAACGCAACAUGAGCCCUUGAUUGAGAACGUGCAACCGAGCGGGGCCAAAAUGGAGUGCACCACGGAAUUAGGUGCUCCAUAUCACUCGAAUGAAUUGACAAACGAAUCGGUCACAACUGCGCAGCCGCCCGCACCAGCCCCGUCUCAGCCGGACCUGCUGGCGGGACAGAUGGAAGGGCUGUCAGUCUCGACGAAGAAUGAGGCAGAAUCUCUGCCUACUUCUCAAGCCAAUACUCCGCCGCCACCUCCGCCACCAGAGAAGGACGAAGCCUACGUGAACUCGGCCGCCCCUCCACCUCUCGCGAUCCCGACAGCUAGCGAACCGAACUUCACCCCAAGCCCGGAAAAAGAGCUGCCAGAUGUACCUGGGGAGAGCGAUCCAGAGUCAAAGCAAGCGAUAAAAAAGGAUGAACCAAAGGAUGACAAUGACUCCCAACCGGAGAUUCAAAAUAUUAUGGGCCAGUUUCAGGACCCUGCGCGAACCACCGAUCAACAAGAGAUCAUGUCACCUCGAUUAGAGCUGGCGGAGCAAUUUCGUGGACACCAACAUUACUUCCCACCCCGAAAGUCAAGCCUGGAAUCUGCGCAGUCUGCCGCGACUAGACCGUCAGUCACUUCUCCACCGAGCACACAGCAUCAUUCGCCUGGACCUCAAUAUCAUCAUAAACCGAGCGGUCACGACGAACCACCCCCAUUGUCGCGACAAUCAUCAUCCUCAACGGUCCCACCUCCACCUGAACCCGAGCCAGAACAACGGUUUGAUUUCCACCGAUUUUUAGAACAACUGCGUCACCGCACCGCCGAUCCCGUGGCCAAGUUCCUACGGUCAUUCCUUAUGGAGUUUGGAAAGAGACAGUGGAUGGUGCACGAACAAGUCAAGAUUAUCAGUGAUUUCUUGGCUUUCAUCACCAAUAAAAUGGCCAUGUGUGAGGUGUGGCGCGAUGUGUCGGAUAGCGAAUUUGAUAAUGCCAAGGAAGGCAUGGAGAAACUGGUGAUGAACCGCCUGUACUCCCAAACAUUCGCGCCGGCCAUUCCAGCUCCACCCACCAUCCCAAGAAGUGCCAGUCGCAGUCGGAGGAGGGAGAUUGAAAGGGCUCAUGGUCCCUGGCGUCGAGGCCAACACCAGGAGGAUAUCGAGCGUGAUGAUAUCCUGGCGCAGAAGAUUCGCAUCUACAGCUGGGUUAGCGAGGAACACCUUGAUAUCCCCCCUGUGAGUGGCAGUGGGCGCCGCUUUCUCAGUCUGGCUCAGCAAGAGCUACUGAAGAUUAAUGGCUAUCGAGCACCUCGAGACAAGGUGAUCUGCAUAUUGAACUGCUGCAAGGUUAUUUUUGGUCUUUUGAAGAACACCAAAAAGGCCGACACUUCAGCCGAUGCCUUCGUCCCGCUUCUCAUCUAUGUGGUGUUGCAUGCGAACCCCGACCACCUCGUCUCUAAUAUCCAAUACAUCUUGCGAUUCCGCAACCAAGACAAACUCGGCGGCGAGGCUGGUUAUUACCUUUCCUCACUGUCUGGAGCCGUUCAAUUCAUUGAAACCCUAGACCGAACGAGUCUCACAGUUAGUGAUAAAGAGUUUGAACAGCAUGUCGAAGCUGCGGUUAUGGCAAUCGCCGAACAAAACCGUGAAAUCGAAUCUCUACAAGAAAAGCCCUUGAACCAACCAAACACUUCCCAUGAUCCUCAGUCGCAGCCCGGACCAAGUCGCAAAGAUGCUUCUCAGUCAAGCGACGACGACACCCCUGCGCCAGUCGCCGGGCUUUUGCGAACGAUUCAAAAGCCCCUAACAACAAUUGGCCGCAUGUUCUCUGACGAGACAGACUCCGGUCCAUCUCAAGAGCGGACAACUCAACCAGCCGCAACUCCACAAUUGGCCCCGGCACCGCCCCGUCUGACUCCCAAUGUCUACCAACCUCCACGCUCCAGCAGCGAAGGGAGACGCUCUGGCGAUGAGCGUGCAAGACCCUCGCAAGAGGGUGCAAAGAAGAACCUGACUCGCGUACUCGAUGCCCAGGACGCCGCGGCACGACAGGCUAGCGCUGAAGAUGCCGAAGCCCGGCGCAUCCAGCGCGCUGAACAUAACAAUGUCGUUGAGACUUUGUCCAACAUGUUCCCUAAUCUGGACCGCGACGUCAUCGACGAUGUGGUCAAGAUGAAGGAAGGACGAGUUGGUCUCGCGGUCGACGCCUGUCUCGCUCUCAGCGCAGAAUAG